AUGAUAACGUUUAAAAUGGCAUCGAGUGAUGAACAUGUGCCGCCGAUCCCGCUGGACGAUUACGAGUAUCGCGUGAUGCUUGGCGAAUCAAUGUUUGAUACAAAUGAUAGACAACAAAAACAAGGAGAUGUCUAUGCAACAUUUGGAUACGAGUUUCAACCGGCAUCUAUCGACAAGAGCACACCCGGAAUCGUAAGUGUGGACAACUCAGGUAGCGUGCAGGUGCUGAUGGCCUCGUCCACAGGUCGUGUAAGUUUUAAAGGCAAGCUCGUAGAGCACAAAGAAACGGAUUGUCUGCUGUUCUUUGACGGCUCCGGAUUCCGGCUUGAACACUGCCCGUUCUCAUGCCUGCAGCUGCGCCACGUGCGAGCUCCAGCACCGCGACGCCAUUCGCAGAUUCAAUCUACGAAGACGACUAAAAUCUAUGCACAUAGGAUAUCAGAAUCAAAAGAAGGUGGAUUACCAGCCGCGCCGGAGAUAACAUCGUCUCUUGAGACAGAUAAGAAACCAGUAGGAAGACCAAGAAGGGUCCAGAACAAGAGACGUAUGGCGACAUCUAAAGGUUCUAUAACUGCUACCUCGACUGCAAAGCGACUUAGGGGUAGACCAAAAGAUUCGACGAAAGCAGCCAUGAAAAUGCGGCAAGAUGUUGAGACUAGAUCUAAUAAAAUGACAUAA